AUGGAACGGAUCUACAAUACCCUUCGCGAGAAUAGGAAACUUCCUAUGACAGACGAGCAGCUUUCAGACCUCGGAUUUGAUAUCCGCACUGGAACAAUUUCUUCGCCAUCGGUUACAAGCUACUUCCUCCCUCGGGUUGAUUUUCGAGAUGUUCUCGAUUCAGAUCUAGCAGAUUCACCCUUCCUAAAGGCUGCAAGCUGCUCUGAAGUGCCAGGUCCUCGCCUCAACCCAUGGAUUCUAGAGUCAUUCGAGAUGGUCAUGUUUCCGGAAAUGAUGACCGAUCAAUAUAACUAUUUUACCUUCAUGGGGAUCCCUAAUAGUGGAUGGGUAGUAGACCGUGACACGCACUUUCUUCUCGGAAGUGUACUACUCUCAGUUUGCCGAGAGUUUCUCGACUUUGAAUGUACAAAUACCGAGAAGUUGGAAUUUCCUCUGGAUUCACUGAGCUGCCAUAAGCAUAAGGGCCACCAACGCUCAAUAGUCGGGUUCCGCAACCAGGAGAAAUAUGGUGAUAAACGGCCUUCCUCGAUGGAGCUGUUUGCGAUCGCCGCAUUAACCCACCGAGAAAUGACCAAGGUUGAUCGGGAAAGGUUGUAUAAGAAUCGGUCGGACAAGUGCUACUUUACUUUCCCGCAUUUAGUAUUUCUGAUGGACAAAUCCGGCGGAUGCCGUAUGUUCCAAUCCUAUUUUGAUGGUAAGCUUCACGUUCAAUUCUCGGAGCUCCUAGAUCUAGGACAUAUGAUUGCUGUGCCUGCUUACGGGGAAAAAUACUUUGAUACGGUUGACAGAAAAGACUGA